GAGGCGGAAGCGGGCGCGGGAGGCGGCGGGGCCCAUUAAAGCCGACGAGGCGGGCGGGGGGCGCAGCGAUCGGGCUCGGCCGCGGCGGCAGCACCAGUGUGAAAGAUGACUUCUAGGAAGAAAGUGUUACUGAAAGUCAUCAUCCUUGGAGACUCUGGGGUGGGGAAGACAUCGCUCAUGAACCAGUAUGUGAACAAGAAAUUCAGUAACCAGUACAAGGCUACGAUAGGUGCAGACUUCCUGACAAAAGAGGUGAUGGUGGAUGACAGGCUAGUGACAAUGCAGAUAUGGGAUACAGCAGGCCAAGAACGAUUUCAGUCUCUGGGAGUUGCCUUCUACAGGGGAGCGGAUUGCUGUGUGCUCGUAUUUGAUGUCACGGCUCCCAACACCUUCAAAACCCUAGACAGCUGGAGGGAUGAAUUCCUCAUUCAGGCCAGUCCAAGGGAUCCUGAGAAUUUUCCUUUUGUUGUGCUGGGAAACAAGAUUGACCUAGAAAACAGACAAGUCACCACAAAACGGGCACAAGCCUGGUGCUACAGUAAAAACAACAUCCCCUACUUUGAAACCAGUGCCAAGGAGGCCAUUAAUGUGGAACAAGCUUUCCAGACGAUUGCACGAAAUGCACUUAAACAGGAAACCGAAGUGGAACUUUACAAUGAAUUCCCCGAGCCCAUCAAACUAGACAAGACUGACCGAGCGAAGGCUUCUGCAGAGAGCUGCAGCUGCUGAGGGGAGGGGAGGGGUUGAGCACAGUCCUUCACAAACAAAUAUCACACUUAGGCCUUCAAACACACAGCCCCUCUUCUGUGUUUAAAAUGAAAUUACAAAAAAAAAAAAAUUGCAUCUCCAGCUGCCAAAUUCCACCCAUCUCUCAUGAGCAUCUGAGUCCUGUACUUCAGAGCUCAGGUCCCCACACCAUCCACAUCACACUUCAUGGUAACAGACCUUUCUCUUAGUUUAAAAUGGAAACUGUUAUGUAUGUUUGGAACUGAAUCUAAUUCCAGGUGUCCAAUGGAAAGAAACUGUUUACAGGUAAUCUGUGUAACAAGUUACAUACAUUUUUAACUGUCUCGUGUUUUCCCCUGUGAAGGCUGCAAUUGGAAAGGCUGAUUACCCAUAGUUCAUUGCAAGCUCAGCACUCAGUCAGACUAGGUUGAGUUUUGUAUGUAUCUCUGUUAAUGCUUGUUACUUUUAACUAAUCAGAUCUUUUUACAGUAUCCAUGUAUUAUGUAAUGCUUCUUUAGGAAAAAUCUUAUAGUACAUGUUAAUAUAUGCAACCAAUUAAAAAUGUAUAAAUUAGUGUAAAAUUCCUGAAUUACAUGUUCAAGUACUGAAACACAGGUUGUGUAGAAAGUGAGGAGGACACUUGUGACCUGCGGCGUGCUAGCAACACAGAGUCCAGAUAGAGGCAGUAUUCUGUACAGUAGAGAUGAACUAUGUAAGCCUUCUUGUUUUGAGGCCAAAAAGGCUUCAUCUUCUGGAAAAAUCUGUCUGGCUUCCUUGUAUCUAAAUUCUCAGAUUUGCAUAACAGCAUUGAUAUGCACACUGGAUUAUUGGAUUUAAAAUUAAAUACAGCUAUGAAAUGA